CUGUGCGUACAUACCGGCCAGUCCUUGUCGAAGCAGCCGGCCACCUCCAUUGCCGGCCUUGGGCAGCGACGCACAACCGCCACGCGCUCCACCUCCUCGCAGGGUCAAACGCCAUGCGUAUAAGAUCCAUUCCGGCCACCCCUUCCUCUGUUCAUAUCAGCUGUGGCUGUGUAAUUAUCAGCUAGCUUCACGCUGCGGUUGCACCGGCGAGGCGAUGAGGCAGGCGAGGCCGUACUCGGGGAUCUUCUGCGGCGGGGUGUCGGCGCGGACGGGGCCGCAUGCGCUCCCGCUGGCGCGCAUCAAGAAGAUUAUGAAGCGCUCCGCGGGGGAGACCGUCGACGGCGGCGCGAGGAUGAUCUCGGCCGAGGCGCCCGUGGUGUUCUCCAAGGCGUGCGAGCUCUUCGUCGCCGAGCUGACGCGCCGCGCGUGGGCGGCCACGCUGGAGGGCAAGCGCCGCACGGUGCGCCAGGAGGACGUCGCCACGGCCGUGCAGAACACCGACCUGUUCGACUUCCUCGUCGACGUCGUCAUGGCGGACGCCGGCGCUGGCGGGCACGCGCCGGCCGGGUGCGACGACGGCGCGCUGGACUGAUCAAGAGUAAAUGAAUUUGCAGCCACUUGUCGUAAAGAAAACUACCGUGUUACUUUUGCACUAAUGAAUUCAUGGAUGUUCCUCUUAAUUACCCUGUCUAUGUAUGCAAGGAUGAUGCAGUAACUUGCAACUUUUUUUCAUGCUAGUGUAGCAUGUUUGAACUUGUUUUUGAGAGGAACAAACUACGGCAGGCUUAGAGCCGAUCUGAACAUCGAUUAUUUAAAUAUGCAAG